AUGUCUGCAUUCACCAAAAGCGUUCUCCUUCUAUGGGUGCUUACAUUGCUAUCAGCCAACACAGUUGUUCUUGCAAGAACCCGUGUUAGGAUCAUAAAUGCUUUGAGUGGGAACCAGCCCUUGAGCGUUCACUGCAAAUCUAAAGACGAUGAUCUAGGACAACACACUGUGUAUCCUGGUAGUUUCUAUGAAUUUAGUUUUGGAAUUAGCUACAUUGGGGAAACACUGUUCUUUUGUUCCUUUCAAUGGUCUGGUGCCUCUCACAAUUUUGAUAUCUACAGAUAUAAAAGGGAUGACAAAGUAUGCGGCGAUGGCUGCUUUUGGAAUAUCAAGCAAACUGGACCAUGUAGAGUUCUACCUGCCCCAUCCCCUACACCUCCUUGUUUUCCCUGGAAUUAA